AUGUUAAAUACGUUUAUUAAAAUAAAAAUUGGUUUCGAAAGAAUGCCUUUUAUUAACUAUAAAUUUGUAUUAAAGAUAAUUAAUGAGAUUGAAAAUAUUUUUAAAGAUUUAGUUAAACGUAAAAAAAUUUGUACUGAAAAGUUAGUUGUUAAAAUUCUAAACAGUUCAUUUAAAGACAGUCGUGUUCAAAAACUAUGUUUUACAAGUAAUAAAAGAAGAUUUAAGUAA